UUUAAAGUUCAAUAUUCGAGCGUCGUGUAGCGCGAGUAAAAUAGGUCUUUCUCUCGAUAACUCGACGAAACUAUACAACGAUGUCGAAAAAUCAGCUGUUGGACUUUUCAGCAUGAUUUUACUGUGCUGAAAAGUAAUUGGCUAUAGGAAAUGUAUUCAAAUUACCUAGCGACCGUCGUUCACUCGAGUUAAAAAGAGAUAGCGAUACUUUUUUCUCCAUAUACUCCUACUGUCGCGUUUAUCCUGAAAUCCGCACAUGCGCAAAUAGAAAGACGACAAUUGGAAACCAGCAUUGUGAUCAUAUGUGUCUUAUUCUUAUUGAAAAUCAUAACCUGUGUGUUUGAUUGUGAAAAUUAUAAUAUUAUAUUAUUUAUUGUUCAUAAAAAAUUGCCACAUUAUUAAAAACAUAGAUUUUAAUAAACUAUGGCCGAUUUAACGCGACAGUGUACUCCACCAAAUUUGGUUGCUGCGGCACAAAAAGCGACGCUAAAUCUUUUACCCAAAAAAUCAAAAGCGUUAUACAACAAAGCUUAUGAUAAGUUUUUAGAUUGGCGUAAAUUAAAUAAGACAGAAUCGUUCUCCGAGACUGUAAUAUUAGCCUAUUUAAAUCACCUGUCUGAAACAUUAUCACCAUCGACAUUAUGGUCACAGUUUUCGAUGAUAAAAACGACAAUUUUAUUAAAUCAUAAUGUGGACAUAAAAAAUUAUGGGAAAGUCACAGCUUUUUUAAAAAACAAAUCGAUUGGAUAUAAACCUAAGAAAGCUAAAACUCUAACAUCAAAUGAAGUAGAAAAAUUCUUAAAUGAAGCUCCUGAUGAAAUAUAUCUUGCUUUAAAAGCUAUUUUAAUUUUUGGCGUAAGUGGGGCGUGCAGGCGCGGUGAAUUAUCGAGUAUGACUACUAAUAAUAUAAAAAUUGUUGACGAAUCUACUAUACUUGUCCAAUUACCUAAAACUAAAACUAACGUUGCCAGGUCAUUUACUAUUAUCGAUACAUUUAAUGAAGUGGUAAAAAAAUAUAUGUCAACACGCCCAAAAGAAACAAAGAUUGAUCGUUUUUUUUUAAAAUACGCCAAUGGUAAAUGCCAACAACAGCCGAUGGGAAUAAACAAAAUUGGUUCUAUUCCGAAAAUAAUUGCUGAGUAUUUAAAACUACCUGAACCGGAAUUAUAUACAGGUCACUCAUUACGACGUACUUCAGCAACAUUACUAGCUGAUGCAGGCGCUGAUUUGCUAACGUUAAAACGUCACGGAGGAUGGAAAUCUAGUAAUGUUGCUGAAGGAUACAUCGAUGAUUCGGUAGGAAACAAAAAAGAAAUCGCCAGUAAAAUAAAAAAAAAUAUAAUUUUGAAUAAAGAAAAUCAGACUAUUGAAACGAGUGAAGCUAAUAUUGAAAUUACUGAAGAUAUUAACCAAAAUGAAUUAGUUAAAGAUAAUUUAUCUGCUGUAGUGUCUCAAGUACAAAAUACUACUGUACAUAAGAAUCUUGAUAUUUCAUCAACAAUUACCAUGCCUUCUAAAAAUAUGAAUUUCUCGUUCCACAAUUGUACCGUCAAUUUCAACUUUGAUAAUAAAUAAAUAUUAUAUGUACUAAUUAUUCUUACGGAAAAAUAAUACUAAAAAAUUUUUAGAUUAAUGUAAUUCAAAAGAAAAUUAAAAUUAAAACAGAAAUUAAGAGUUCAAUUACAAAAUAAAACAUUAAUAGAUUGUUAUUAUUUACACCUGUACAAUUAUUUAUAUUCAGGAGGUAAUUUUUUAUUUUUUGAAUGAUUGAAUUCCUCUCAAUUAAACUUUAAAGGCAGUCAUUAUAAAAAAUAUUGUUCGAUACAUAAAAUUAAAAAGAGGGAUACGGUAUGCAUGUAUUGUCAACACUCGUCUAGGGAUAUGUUACAUUCACAACGAGAACUCGUACCUACAUCUCUCUCGCACUCGCUUCGCUCGUGCGAGAAAGAUGUAUGUACUCGUUCUCGUUGAGAAUGCGGCAUAACCCAAGACUUGUGUCGCCAAUCCAAGCAUGCCGCAAACCCUCUUUUUAAUC